CUCUCUCUCUCUCUCUCUCUCUCUCUCUCUCUCUCUCAUCUUCACCAGACAUUAAAGGAGGAAAGAUGACGCAGAAGCCCAACUUCCCUCCUGGCUACCGCUUUGUUCCGACCGAUGCCGAGUUGUUGCUACACUAUCUCAAGAACAAGAAUCUGGGUCGUCCGCUCCCUGCUGAUAUAAUUCCAGAAUGUGAUAUCUAUAAGUUAAAUCCUAACGAUCUUGCAAGUAAUUUUGGGACUGGAGCAGAAAAGGAGAUGUAUUUUUUCACACGAAUGGAGCGUAAACAUGUGUAUGGGACCCGCCCCAACCGCAGAACAAAGGAUGGUUACUGGAGAGCCACAACUAAAAAGUGCAUCAUUUAUGACCAAAAUCAGAUAAUUGGGUAUAAGAUGAGUUUAAAAUUUCACAAGGGAACACAAAAAGGAGAGAAAACAAACUGGAUCAUGCAUGAAUACAGGCUAGUCGAUCCUCCCACAACUACCACCUUAAAUCUUGCCGUAUGUGGGAAGAGGAAGAAGGAGAAUGGAAGUCAGGAUUUUCAUCACACAAAGAUGAAUGGAUUUGUUCUUUGCAGGAUUAUCAGUAGUAGAUGGGGCACUAAGACGACUAGUGGCGCUCCUGAAAAUGAAUUUCCUCAUAUGAUAAAUAAUGAAAACAUUGAAGAAGCAAGAGCAUUGACAUGCACACCAGUUUCACAUGCUCCACUUACUAUCAGUGCAUGUCUUCCCAACCAAGCAGGCUCUGAAAUGCAACUGGAUAAUGGAGAUUCAACGUCAGAAGGACAGUUGGAUGAAUGGUGGUCUUCUGCCAUGAUUGAUUCAUGGAUAGAUGAAUUAAUUGAUCCUUUUGAAAGGGAAGAAUCACAGGCAUUCACGGAAGAAUACUCAUCAAAUAAGGAAACGAUAAUAUCAGAGUCAUUUAAGGAAGGAUAA